GUCAAGUGUCAGUGUCAAAAAUUCCGCUUCGAAUGGCGGUCGUGUGUUUGUGCUUUGUUUAAUUGUGAAUUUAUUAAAUUGAAUUACAUACAUUUAUUUCUCUGUAUAUUUUAACGGUUUAAUUUAGUCAACAGAAAUUAUAACGUGAAUCGUUUAUAUUGUGAAUAAUAGGUUUCGAAAAGCAAAUAAAAUCGAAUCGAUGCAUGCGAUCGACCGCUCGUAGAGUCCGUGCUCGCCGCCCGGGUGAUUUCUGAAAAACGAAUGUGGGUGCUCUUUUUAUAAGUAGUUUAUCGACGACUUUUAGUGGUUCGAAGUAUUGGUAUCGAACAAAUGGAGUAUCUAUGAACGAGCCCGGCUCGUGCAAGUCGUCUCAAGCCGAUGGAUGUAGCAUAGUUGGUAGCGAGGGGCCGGCCGCCUCAAGAUGAUGGUGGAAACCAUCCUCGAGUCCUCACAGGACUUUGGCAUGUCCAACGGCGUCCUACCGCAAUGGAAGCGCGAGCUGCUGCAGCGGCGAGCGGCGCGCGCGCGGCCGCCCGUCGCGCCGCCCGCGCCCCCGCCCGCGCCGCCGCCGCCACCGCCGCCCGACGACGACGAGGAGCUGCGCUACGGGCCCGGCAUCGUCAAACGCCUCAAGUCGCGCUACCUCAGCCUGGCGCUGCGCGAGGCGCCGCGCCGCCGCCCCUCCGUGCUGCGCCGCGCCGCCUCGCUCGAGCACCUGCUGGACGAGCGCCCGCCGCCGGCGCCCGCGCGCUCGCUCGCCCGCCCCGCGCGCCCCGUGUCGCUCGCCGCGCCGCUCGCGCUCGCCGCGCCGCGCCGCGACUCCGUCAAGCGAGCGCGCUCCGUCGACGCGCUCAGCCGCCUCGAGCGCGACGAGCCGCCGCCCGCGCCGCCGCCGCACCCUCCGCCGCCGCCGCCGCCGCUGCCGCGCGCCGCGCGCCCCCCGCGCCGCGUCGUGCCGCUGCUGCGCGAGGCCGAGCGCCCGCCCGCCGACGUGGUGCGCUCCACGCUGCGCAAGUUCGAGACGGCGCCCGUGCGGCGGCCGGCGCCGGCGGCGCGCGUGUCGGCCGUGCUGCGCGGGCUGGAGGCGGCGCCGCGCAGCUCGACGCCGGAGCCGCGCGGGCGCUCGCCGAGCCCGGCCGCCGCCGACCUGUCCGCCAUCGACUCGCCGGAGGCGGCGGCGGGCGAGGCGAAGCUCGUGUCGCGCGCCGCGCUCGACGGCAUCGCGCGCGCCGGCUCGUCGGUGCGCUACUCGUUCCCGGCGCCGCGCGCGGGCUCGCACCUGCCGCCGCCGAGCGCCACCAACCCGGUGCUGCUGGGCCGCGUGCGCGCCGCCGCCUCGCCGCGCCGCGUCGGCGUCAUCCGCCCGAUGCCCGCCUCGCCCGCGCCCGCGGACGUCGACGUCGUCGACGAGAAGAUCGAGGACGUCCGCCGGCUCGCCUCCCCGCCGCCGUUCGACCCCGAGAGGGAGACCCCGCCGAAGAGGGAGCCGCCGCCCUCCGCGACGGUGGAGCCGGUCCCCCGAACGUCCCCGGAGGAGCGCGCGCCGAGCGACGCGCCGUCGACGCCGCCGUCGACCCGCGAGGUCACCCCGGAGCCGGAGACGAAGCCGCGGCGGGCGCCGGAGAGCACCGGGCCGGGCCCCGAGCCCGCGCUCAACGGGCACGCGAGCCCGCCGAAGCCCGCGGAGGCCAAGCCCAAGAGCCCGCCGUCGAAGAUCGGCGCCGCCGGGAUCGAGCGCGCGUGGACGGGCGCCGAGCAGCGCUGCGGGCCGGCGCGGGAGGCGAGCGAGCCGCCGCCGUGGGCGCGCGGAGGGGUGCGCGGGCGGGCGGCGGGCGCGGCGGCGGGAGCUACGUCCGUGGUGUUCAACUUUUCGUCGCGCAAGGAGGUGCCCGACUACAUCGAGAACGACGGCAUCGUGCUGCGCGCCAGCCGCCGGAACAGGUUCAAGGCGGGAGAGUCGGGGGUGGUGGUGCUGCGCGCGGAGGCGCUGGCCAACUCGUCGGAGGAGGAGGACGAGCGCCCGCCCUCGCCCUGCAGCGUGCGCUUCGUCAACGACAACGUGCUCAUCAACGGCCGCUCGUCGCUCGCGCCGCGCGCCAUCGCGCCCGACCGCGCCGCCAGGCUGAAGCUGCAGUUCGACGACUCGCUGACGCGCACCUUCGAGUACCCGUCCGAGACGUCGCUGUGCGAGGACAGCCCCGUCGCGCCCGUCGCGCCCGUCGCCAACGGAGAGCUGCAGCUGUCGCAGAGCGCGUCGCUGGCGCCGCUGGCCGCCAACACUCACCUCGCGUCCGCGUCGCUGGCGCGCUACACGCCGAGCAAGACGCGCGCCGACUCGUUCGCGCUCGGCAUGGCGCGCCCCGCCGCCUGCUCCCCCGCCUGCUCCCCCGCCUGCUCCCCCGCCCAAGCCGAGCAGCCGGAGUGCGUCGUGAAAGAGAACGGCUCCGGCGCGGGCGCGGGCGCGGACGGCGAGGCGGAGGCGGAGGCGGGCGACGCGCGCCCGUGCGCCGCCGAGAGCGCGCGCUCGUGGAGCGAGGCGCGCACGCACGCCACCGACCUGCUGUUCUAGCACGUCCCCCGCGCGGUGCUUCCCCGACGUCACCGAUGAUUCCGAAAUAGCUCCGAUGCGCUUCGUUGCGAGUCUUUUGCGCUCGGAAACCGAUUAGGUGUGCGUGAACUGCCAUAACCGAGUUGAUGCGCUUAAAUAUAAAGGUAGCAGGAGAACGAGGGACUAGAAUGAGCCCAGACCAAUUAUUGAAGGACCAGUAUCACACCCAAAGAAUUGUCUGUCAUUUGAAAACGAUUUCACGAAAACGAGUUAAGAUUUGAAUUUAAAUCGAACACGAUUACAACUAUGAAACAUCGGUGUCAUAGAGACAGAUUUUAUAAUCGCAUUAGAUCGUUGAUCACACUUUGAUAGAAAAGUACCGUGUAGCGAGGUAGGUCUCUUACAAUGAUCGGUCUGAGGGACUGAGGUAGUGAUUUUAAUUGUCAUCGCUGAGUAUGCGUCACUCCCCGGUGAGGGCACUCUGUGAACUGCCGAGCUUGUACAAGCGGCCGCCGGGGGCGCUGUUCUUUCUUUAGUUUUGUCCUGAAGAGGAAGAGGUCCCAGAUUCAUUGAUUUUGGGUGUCUCUGCUUUGUGCCUCCAUUUAAUUAGACCGAAUAUUAGGUACUAGAGACAUAAUCUAGUCGCUUCACUCGAUCAGGCCCCGCGUAGGUCGCCGGCACGUGGAUUCGGUCCAGGAUGUUCUUUAUCAUUCCGUGUAUUUAUAGUAAACCAUUCCGAGCGUAUUUUUGACGUUAUAAUAAUUAUUCGUUAAUAUCUACAUGACAAUGAUAAAUUAUAAGAAUUUACCAAAAAUAUCGACUACUCGCUAUUUGUAACUCUUAAAAAUAUAGUAUUUUUGUAAACGAUUUUUAAAUGAUGACUCUUUGUAGUAAUUGAUAUAGCAAUAGUGCGGGAGAGCACGGGACGAAACCUUGUUACACGACAUUGUAUAAUAAUUGCAAAAAGUAAACAAUUCACCUCUUUCAAUUCUUAAUGCGUUAUUAUUGUGGUAACAACAGCUACACUGUUUAAAAAAACAAAUUGUAAAGUAUGGCACACUUACCGGUAUCCAGUUUGACCUAAUGCUAUUUGAGUCCAGAGAAAGUUAAACUGUGUUUUGUCCCGUGGACUCCCGGCCUGUAGUGUUACUUAACUAUUAAUUAAGAAACUAAUGAAUGACAUUCGUAAUGCCAAAAGCAUACAGUUGUUGUGCAACCUAAGUUAAGCUCUGCUCAAUAAUAGUUGACUCGGUAGCAACGCUCACAACUGAACAGUACUUAACGCUGACACUAAGGGAAAAAUGAGACACUCAUAGGGAAAAACUUUUACAAAAUUAUUUUGGAAGCCCUACUACUGUAGGUUUACCGUCAACAAUCUAGGUAUGUCAAACAUAAAAGGAGUAACAAUGACAAUCUCGUUUAUUCUACUGCUUCUCAGACAAAUACUUAUUUUGGUAAGACAAUCCACUUUGAUAACCUGAUAAUGCAAUGUUAAAUGUCUCCUGAUAAUAUGUGUGUAACUUUUAAAGACAUUUUACAUACAAAGAUCAUCAGCAUUUCAAAGCCAUAAGACAUUUGAAUUUUGAAUUGUUAAAAUGUAACAAUUCAGUCUGACAGAUCUAAUGUUUAUAGGAGAGUCGAGUUUGACAGUUGUCAAAGUUCGCGUGUCAGUUCCGAUGAGCCGCUCCUUUUUCCUCUGGCGUGUUGGCUUUAACAUAUUCCAGCUCGACUGAUUAGUAUAGCUUAUUUAAUUAAUACUAAAUUUUGAUGUUGUAUACAAACUGAUGCUGACAAAUAUUGUGGUGUUUUAUAAUACUCCAAAUGCUGUGCAGAAAGAGAUGUUUGUACGCUCACAAUUACAGAAACAAAAUGAUGCUGUUAGACUAACGUAUGAGCAUUUCCUUUCUGCACAACACAAAAUAUACAUAUUAAUAUUGAAUGUAAUAUAAUGAUAAUUGUAUUUAUAUCGGUCAUUCCUUAAAGUCCAUUCCUAAAUUAUUGUAUUUGUGAGAUUUUUGGACGGUUUUUACACGUUUUAUACUGAGUAAUUAAUGAACCAUACUUAUGAAUUAUCUUAAUACUAAAUAUGAAAUUAUGUAAUCGUGAAGGACGUAAUAACGAUUAGCAUAUCUCUGAACGGAGAACACAGACGGAGCUAGCGGAUAUAAUGUAUUGGUGUGCAUUGUGAAUGUCUCAAUUUUGUAAUUUCUUUGUUUUAGCUCCGUCUUUCUUUUCCUUUUGGUCAAUUUACUACAUAACCGAUCAGUAUGUACUAUUUAGUGAGUAGUGAUCAUUAUAUUCGCUGGAACGGUGUGCAAUUCUUACUGUAUUAUAAAUAUUGUAACUGUGCGUGCGUUGCUCGAAGCAAAUAUGUUAAUGUUAAUAGUAUAGGGGCCGGUCGCCCGGUCGCGCGCAUCGCAUUUACAAAACGCUCACGAGCAUUUACUUUAGUUCAAGUACGUCGUCGCGUCGCGCGCCGCCGCACGUGCGCCGCACUGCUGCCGAUACUGUACCAAGUGCGGCGCACGUGCUGCCACAGGCCAGUCAACAAAUAUUAAACAGUGUCAAAUACUGAUACCGCGAAUAAAAGUACGUGUGGUAGAUCAUUCGACUCGUCAUGGCCUCUAGAAAAAUGUGUAAAACUUUCAGACCUGCACAUAAACAAUUGCAAAAGUUAUAAACGAAUGAAGAUUUUUAAAAAUUAGGGUCUAGAUUAAUGGAAAUUACUCCCAAAGAUAAGAUUUUUCAUUUGUUUAUAACUUUUGUUUAUGUGCGGUUCCUAAAUUUUUGCACAUUUUUCUAGAGGCCAUGACGAGUCAAAUGCGCUACCACACGUAUUUUUAUUUCGCGGUAUCAGUAUUUAACACUGUUUAAUAUUUGUUCACUGGCCUGUAGAUGCUAUCGGUUUGUCAGUUGAUCACCACUGCGAUGGCAGCGCCCCAGCGUACAAGUGCAACUGUGAGUCCUGAGUGACAGCGUGUCGCGUCUAUGGAAUCCGGCGGACGAACGAACGAACUCUCAAUAAUUUAGUUGUUCCGACUGCGAGCGGACGCGGUAGCGUUUGUUUUUAUGGUUGUUUCGUGCGCAUACGCUCUCACUCAGGACGUACUGCGACACGUCGGCGGCGUACGUGUAGCGUAGGUUAGUAUAUGUAGCUGAUUCGUUCAGGCACGCUUUGAGAGUGUCAUAUUAUUUGUUUGUUUGUAUGUAUUGUACUGAAGCUGCGCCGCGCACCAGCGUCGCGGGGCGUGUGCAGCUCCUCGAGCGUAUGACGACUGGCUGUCCGAUGACUCGGCCGCUUACAGUAAAAGAAAGUCACCUAUUUUGUAAAUAACGAAGCUGUAGUGCACUGGUAUGGUUUAAAACCGGGAUGCAGUCGUGUCAGUCGGGCGUUGUGGGAGUUGUGUGGCAUUUUCACUAUUUAUAAUAUCACUAUAAAUAGUCAAAAUGCAUCAACACACCUGACUAGCACGUCACUCGUGACUCAGAGCCAUACAAAAAUAGCUUUCCAUGAGCGCUGUACUGUAAAUCGGUUGCCAAAAUUAAAAUAAUGAGACACUUAAUGCUUCGCUGGCCGGAAGUUUUCAGUAAGAAGCAUGGGAUAUUUUAUUUUGUAAUUCAAUAUAUUACUUUCUUCUAAUGUUUGCAUAACUUGAAAGAUAUAUUAUAGUUUUGUGUAUCCCGUAUUGUGUAUAUAUAUAAAUGUGAAACAAUAAACUGCAGCACUGUGAUUAUUAUUGUUGUCGUAUACUGAAUACUCGCCCAGCGCAACCUUAACCGACCAUCGCUCGUAAUUUAUUGAAAGCUCGUAAUUCGUCACGCUCGCAGUGCGGCCGCGCCCGCGCGCCGCCGGGUGCGGGCGGCGCACCCCUUGCCAAUGCCUAGUUAUAUCGUAUGUUAGUAUGUUUGCAUUACAAAUAUAUGUCAAUCGUACAUUUAUUAUAAGCAUUUUAUUGGUGAUUAUUAUUAUUAUAGUAAAAUUAUUGUACUGUAUUCAAUGUAUACCGACAGUUCGCGCCGAACUUGACGACGUCCCGCCGCUCAGUGUGUGAGAGUCAUCAACACUAGAUGUGUAGCUCGUUACUCGUUACUCGUUGCUCCAGUGCAACCAGAGCAAUCAAUGCGUUGUAAAGCGCCGUUUUUACGUCGCAGCUUCGAUUCAGAGACGACAAAUCUGUGUACCGGCGAAUAUAGAUAUACUGAAAUGUAAUGUUUUUUUUUAUAUAUCUAGAAGGUGAUAGUUCGCCUGAUGGUGAGUGAAGAACCGUCACCUGUAAACAGAGAACUACAAAUUGUCGCCUCGUCGUCCUACAACCUGAAGCGGGAGAGUUAAAGCUCAUAUCGAUGGUGCCUGUGGCUUCGGACACAAUCGUACACAAACAGUGGUCUGUUCUAUAGUCAAGAGGUCAGGACCACGUCGAUACAGCGGCGCAGGGCGGUGGUGGUCACGUUCGGCGCGAGCUGUCACUAGUGUGUAGCGCAGGAGGAGGUUUACUUUGUACGAGCAUUUAACAUGUGAAAUACUCCGGCUCCGCUCGUCACGGCGACGGGCCGACGCGUUUAUUUAGUGUUUGAAACAUUCAGUUAUUGGUUCAAAUGUUACGCAUUGUUUUGGUACAAGUUUGUCACGAGUCCGCAGCGGCCGACGACGCCCGCGAUUCUCUCUACUACGACGACAGUCGUUGAACAAAUUAUGUAAUACGUUUAGUACCUAUUGCUUGUUUGAUGCGUCAUUUGAAGCUAAAAUAAAAGUAAUUUUCCGCAACCGAGCGCUUAUCUGUCUAAAUAUAGAAACUUCCUUGGAAGUGUCGCCACAUUACACAGCGAACGAGUUGAGGCAGAAGGAUAAUGAAUAAAUUAACGUUCGUCAGUCGCGCUAAAACUCAAAACACUUUGGUACAAUUUGAAUAAAUUCUUUAAUUUGUUUGCACUGACAUUUACUACUAAUAAUAAAAUGGGUGUCCUAAAGUAAUAGAGGAUAUCCGAAAAAAGUAAUUGUAUAGGAACCGAUAAUUCUACAACUAUUUUUUUUUCGGUCGUUCUUUUGAGCGUAGCUACCUAUUUCUAUGUACCUUCGAGUAAAUAAAACAUAAAUGAUAUUCAAUUCUAUCGAAAUUUCGAAUUUUAGCGUAGAUAACGAACAGCAAAUUCGUAGUUACGUUACCUAAAUGACAUUGAAUUCAUGAACCCCAAUACACCUGUGAGUGUCGCGAGCGUCGUCGGAAGCGAGUCGUUACCGACAAUCGCUGCGCGAGCGCCGCCGCCGGCGGACAAUAAACGUGUACACAAACCUA